AUGUGUGCUAACGCGUCUGUAAGUCAGAAGACUUCGUGUAUAUUUUGUAAUAUCGCUAAUAAGUUGGAGAGCACGGAGAUCCUGUAUGAAGAUGAGGAGGUGUGCGUGUUCAGGGACAUCAAACCAGCGAGUGACUACCACGUACUGACGAUACCGAAGCGACAUAUAGACGAUGUUAAGUGCCUUACAUCAGCUGAUAAAGAACUUGUUCAAAAAAUGUUAGCGACUGCCAAAGAACUAUUAGCUAAGAAUAACUUAUCAGUCGAAGAUGCUAGGUUCGGAUACCACUGGCCGCCAUUCAGGAGUAUAAAGCAUCUUCAUCUUCACACCAUUGCACCGGAAUCGAAAAUGGGUUUCAUCGGCAACAUGAUAUUCAGGAAGAAUUCAUUUUGGUUUGUUUCAGUGAGUAUUAUUAACUUAUAUCCAAUAUUUUUCUAUUAUAUUUAUUUUUCCUUAUUUGAUACAAGUUUUAAUGAAUAUGGAUAA